GAUCCUGCCCUCACGGUCACUCUGCUCAAACCUUGUUUGCGCAUGUUUUGCGCAAAGCCUUGUCUUGACUACCUCAACGAACUGGGUCUUUGAAAAGCUUUUCAAUACAUUUCGAGAGAAAUGGAUGCAACACCUUUGCAUACUUUUUCCGCUUUUAUGGAUUGUAAAAUAUAUAUGCUCGGUCAAUUGUGAAAAUUGGAUGAAAGCAGGGCAAUGGGCAAGCUCCAGUCCAAACAUGCCUCUAAACGCAGGCAGAGUCCAGAGGGUGGUAGUUUUGUUACAAACAUGCUCACGCGUCCAAAGGAUAUGGAGCUAUCUACAUACAGUGUGUUUUUGCUCUGCAGGUGGUAGUUUUGUUACAAACAUGCUCACGCGUCCAAAGGAUAUGGAGCGGAUGGAUAUCCCGAGGUACAAAAGUAAAUCCAAACAGGAACUGUGUGUAGGAGUUUUCUUGGAGCAUUCCCAACAGGGUCACGAUGGCAAACUGGAGGUGGCGUUACCUCCAGAGGGGACUCGUCCAGACCGGGCCCACGCGUGCCGUCUCCUGGCCAGGAGACAGAGCCGGGCGAGGGCCAGCCGCGCCGGGGAAACAGAGUGUGGCCCAGCUGUGGAGGGGGAGGGGGAGGCAGCGCAGGAGUGGCUCUUCACUGUCUGUGACCUUGACAAGAGCGGCAAGGUCACCACUCAGAACAUGUCCAGUCUCAUGCAUUCCAUCUGUGAGGUGAUGGAGUCAUCGGUCAAGCAGCCGUGCGCCCCGAACGCAACCCUGAAUAUCAAACUAGUUGUAUCUCCAUCAUCAACAGCAGAGAAGAUCUCACAAACAUCAGGCUGUGGGCCGGGGGGUCAGGGGGCCGGCGGCCGGGCCACGAGCCCUUAUUGUGUGGACGAAAACGCAGAGCGCCGGAACCACUACCUGGAUCUAGCUGGCAUCGAGAACUACGCCUCCAAGUUUGACGAAGCAGCGUCCUGCUCCCCAGAGGCCGGUCAGGUCCCUUGCUCAGCUCCCCAGCGCCACCCUGUGGCCACCAGGGAGCACUGCAGCUCCUCCGCCCCUCAGAGGCGCGUCUCCUUCAGGGCUAGGACCAGGGAGCAGGGGGAGGAGCGGACCGGAGGAGGGGGCCUACGGUCCACCAGGGUCCACGGUCAUCAUCACCACCACCACCACCAGCAGCCCCCUGCCGCCUCGGGGCCCUGCCGCCUCGGGGCCCCGCCCUGCGCCCCCCCCCUGCUCCGGAGCCACAGCGGCAGGAGGCUCCGCUCCAGGGGACAGGACGCCGGCGGCACCCCCUCCCGGCAGCCCUGUUGCCCGGCGCAGCACGCCGAGGGGGAGAGGGAGGCGCACCACGGCCCGCCUGCCGCAUGCUGUGGGGCCCCGGGGCCCCCAGCCCACAGGCACGAGCAUCACCAUCACCACGAACACCACCACCACCACCACCACCACUACGCCUCGUGACCCCGUCAGGCCAGGGGCCGGAGUU